CAACGUAAAAUUUCUAUUUGUAACAUUUUUAUCAAGUUUGUAUCUGGUUUUGUUCUCUAAUUUAAAUCUCCACUGUGUGUGUGUGUGUGAAUACACAUAGCUUACUUUUGUUGGAGGUGAUUUUCAGCACACAAUUAAACACUAUGUAAUGUAUUUCGCUACAAAUAAAAUUCUCUGAUGUGUUCUGUUAUUCGUAUGUGUUUUCUUUUCUGUAAAUAUGCACUUUCUGGGAUUGUAGACACAGCAGCGCGUGAAGAGGACUUUUAUUUUGAUUUGGUUACAUGACGUCAUAGAGCCGCGUCCCUGCGUCUGUGUUUCGGCCGAAGAAAGUUAUUAUAAAGUGUUCAAACAGAAAAACUCCUGCUGAAGUGACUGAGAUCCACGUGACACAGGAUUAUAAAGAUGGUGUUUAUUAAAGAGGAGAGUGAAGACAUGAAGAUUGAAGAAACAUUCAGAGUCAAACAUGAAGAUACUGAGGAACAAACAGACCUGAUGGUGCUGAAAAAGGAGAGUGAAGUGCUGACUGAAAUGGAAGAAAAAGAUCAAUAUAAGAAUCAUGAUUUCAUCACAGGAGAAAAAAAAUUUAGUUGCUCCCAGGCUGAAAAGACUUCCUCACAAAAAAGGGCUAAAAAGACAGGAACUACAAGUAAUGUCACCUGCCAACAGUGUAAAAUGUGUUUCAACCAACAUGAAAAGCUUAAAGUCCACAUGAGAGUUCACUCUGGAGAGAAGCCUCGUACCUGCCAACAUUGUGGAAAGCGUUUAUCUAAAAAAGUAAGCCUUAAAAGACACAUGAGAGUUCACACUGGAGAAAAGCCUUACCUGUGCCCGCAGUGUGGAAGGAGUUUCAGUUUGAAAGGAAACCUUAAAGUCCACAUGAAAGUUCACACUGGAGAGUACCCUUUCAUCUGCCAACAGUGUGGAAACAGAUUCACUCUUAAGGGAAGCCUUAAAAACCACAUGAAAAUUCACACUGGAGAGAGGCCUUACACAUGUCCUCAGUGUGAGAAGAGUUUCACUCAGAAAGAAAGCCUUAAAAAGCACAUGAGAGUUCACACUGGAGAGAGACCUUACACAUGUCCUCAGUGUGAGAAGAGUUUCACUCAAAAAGAAAGCCUUAAGAGACACAUGAGAGUUCACACUGGAGAGAACAUUUUCUACCAACAGUGUGGAAUAAGUUUCACUCAAAAAGGAAGCUUUAACAGACACAAAAUUCACACUAUAGAGAAGCAUUUUACCUGCCAGCAGUGUGGAAAGAGUUUUGAUCAACAUGAAAACUUCAAAUCCCACAUGAGACUUCACUUUGAAGAGAAGUCCUAUACAUGCCCUCAGUGUGGAAAGAGCUUCAGUCAAAAACAACACUUUAAAGACCACAUAAGAAUUCACACUGGAGAGAAGCCUUUCACAUGCCAACAAUGUGGAAAAAGUUUCACCCGAAAAGAUAGCCUUAACAGGCACAUGAGAGUUCACACUGGAGAGAAGCCCUUCACAUGUGGUCACUGUGGAAAAAGUUACAGUUCUAAAACAGCCCUUAAGUACCACAUGAGUUUUCAUGUAUGAGAGAACUGUUUUUGCAUGUUGUGUGGAAAUAAUUUCACAGACCGGAGACUUCAUGUUUGAGAGACUGUAUAAUGCGCUGAUUAUUGAUAUGGUACUAAAUCACCUUAGAGUGCUAAAUUCAAUAUUAAUGUCCAGUGACUAUGAGAGGAAUAAAGAAGUAAGAGUUAUAAAUUAGAUCCUGUGUAUUGAUUAGUCAAAUGAAGAAUGAAUUAGUUCAAAUUUACAUGUCAACUGAAGUAGAAAUCUGUAUCAAAUAAAUACAUAAAACUGUGUAGACAUGCAAAAUAAUAAACAAACAAUAACAGAAACAGGCUUAUGAUUCAAAAGCUACAGAGACCUGGAGAUCUGGCAAUAGCUGCUUUUCUACGGUCAGGCCAGUGCAAGCCAGGGCUUUCAACAUCCCGGGCAGGGCUAAUAGCCUCGAAUCUAUAGCACCGAGCAUAAAAUCACACUGUGUUUCCACCAGAAGCUCCAUAGCACUUAACUAAAACAAGCCCUUUACUUGCCUCUCUGGAACAACGUCACACAACUCGCAUUUCACCAACAAAGGGAAGUUUUAUCAGACUCACAAAAUGAACAUAAAUGAAUGCCUUUAUUACUUAAAGGGUUACUCCACCCAAAAAAAUGUUGUUCUAAACCCGUAAAAGCUUUGUUCGUCUUCAGAACACAAUUUAAGAUAUUUUGGAUGAAGACCGGGAGGCGUGUGACUGUCCCAUUGACUGCCAAACAAUUAACACUGUGAAGGCCCAGAAAAGUAUGAAGGACAUCAGGGCCAGCGCUAGCUAUAGGCAGAGCAGGCGUUUGCCAAGGGCCUCGGGCUUGGAGGCGGGGCCUCCAUAACCGUAACCUAAUUCACUAAUUCGCCAGUCAAGACAGGCAGGUUAAGACUAGGCUCUUUGUCCAUUGGAUAUAAAAUAACUGUCACUCACCUGAAAAGGAACCAGUUAAUAUCGCUAUUUAAAUGUGGGUCUCCACCCACUGAAUGCAUGAAGAGACUGUGUACAGUGAUGAAUGAAAUCCAAUUUUCCUGCAUAUUGCUUGAUGGCGCUGAAACCAGUGCAUCCCUCGGGGGCUUCUAAGCGAAAAGCUAAAUAGGCACGCAAAGAAAGCGCAGCUCGCGAUGCAGGUAUGUAAGCUAUUGUCAUGUAUUUUGAUUGUAAUGUAUAUAAUUAAAAUUAACGGAGCCUCAUUCUACCGAUUCGCGUCAGCACCUUUUGAAGAUGAAUCAUUAUUUGCUGCCGGAGUUCAAAACAGCGCGAGCGCCAUGAUGCGUUUAGACUUUAAAUUUGCAUAUGUAUAACGUUUUGAAUCUGAGCUGAUCGACUGUACAUUGAUACUGCAGGAUCUGACUUUUAACAUACUAAAGAAAAAGUAAAAGUUCAUUCAUAAAAAAUAAUUGCAGCUAGGCUGGAGCAUUGUUUAUUAUUUCAAAAAAGUACCUCAACUAUCUGUAUAAAUUUCGGUGAUGUUUACGUUAUCUUAAUAGCCUACUUCAUAUUUACAUUUUCAUAGUUUUUUUUUAGUUUUCAAAUAAAUUAUGCUCACAGACCCCUCACCCAAUACACAUACUCGGUGCCAGUAGGACUGUCGAGGACUUCAGGCCCCUGGUUCCAUGGCAACCCAUCAGAUAACACUAGUUUUAUUGCUCAAAGGAAUGCAAAUGCAGAGCAACUCACUACCUCUUGCCUAUAGGAAAGACAUUAUGCCAUAAAAAUGGACUCUUCUCCAAUUAAUUCAAAGAAAAACCUUUCUUUGAACGAACACGCAUAUCAUUCAGGUCACUGUGUAUAUUAUUACUAUUCUUGUAUAUGUUUUUGUGUAUUAUAUGCUGUCUUAUGCAUGCUUAUGAUAGAUCACUAGUUAAUAUCACUCUUACUGUAAUAUGUCUGGUCUCUAUCAAUUCGUCUUCGGAUGAUCUAAUUGAGAGUGAAUAUUACAUGUUGAUACCUAUGCAACAUAUUAAUGUCCUAAGAAUCUUUAAUAGUUUGUAUAUCAACUUCUAAUCCAACCCCUUUUGCAAAUUACCAUGCUCUCAGACAAAGGGUCAUACCGGUAUGCUCCAACAUAUCUCAGUCUGCGGUUCUGUUAGAUCCUAGAAGGAUGUGAGCUAGAACUCUUCUGGACCCUUAAAUCGUGCGCCAGGCCUUGCAGCCUUGACUUUCCAUUCAACCAAAGCUCCUCGGACCUCAGAACCGGAAUAACCUCUUUGGAAUUCAUCACUCUUCAACCCGGAAGAACGUGAUCGCGAGUCCAAAACCUUGAAAACAUAAAGACUUUUCAUCCGAGACUGCAUUCCAGACACACGCCAACAGCCGUGGAAGUGCAAGUAUGGUACAUCUAACUAAACUAAACAGAGAUUUAGUAUAAGUUAUAGACCCCGUUAUAAACGGCGCUGAUGGUUUUACUCAGGUGGUUAACUGACUCUUUCCAUAACUGCAUUUUGCUUUCUCUAAUGGCUUCAUUCAUCCACUUUAGCUCCCCUUUUGUGUAUACACGUGAGUGUAUGUAUGUUUGUUUGUUUGUUUGUUUGUUUAGAUUAGUUAUGCGUGUUAGCGUUUAGUUAAUAAAAGUUGUGUGCACAAAUUACAUGAGUUUCUGGUUCUGCCUUGCAAAUUAAUGUCCGUUUAUGAUUUUUGAUCCUUACUACAUGCUCUAAUGCAUUAAUACUUAGGAAAGUAUUUUCUGUGGCCACGAAAAUAUCCUUUCUUAGAGUCGAUAUGAACUUACACUGAAUGGUCGCUGGAUGACCAGAUCAGUUGAUGGCAAUUUAAUUCUGCUACAGUUAUUACUGUCAGCCGAUAUAAAUAAUUGUAAUUAAUCAUAAUUAACUGUAAUUAUUUGUAUACAAUUCCCUUUUGAGCUAAUUUGCUACACAAUUGUAUUAUUUUAGUGUCACCUAGCUAAUGACAUUACUUGUUUUAAACACUACUUGCUGUAGGAUCACUGAUGAGAUAUUUAAAAACAAGUGGCGAUUCAGAAGAACAACAGGGCAGAGAGAGAGAAAAGCAAGAGAGUAACAUUGAGGUAGAGAAUCAACAGGGCAAAGAAAGUGAAGAUCCAGGGAGUGAUUAUGAGGAAGACCAACUACAGGGCAAAGAGCCAGAGAGUGUUUGUGAGGAAUUCGGCAAAGAGAGUGAAGGGCCGGAGAGUAGCCAUGAGGUUGAAGGCAACAGUAGUGAGAGACUAGAAGUCACUGAGUCUG